AUGGCAGGAGGUUGGAGGAUGCUGGUACUCAUGGUAGGCCUGGCAGCACUUGCCUGUGUGGCCCAGAGCCGUGCCAACUAUGAGGAGAUAGUCACUCAGGCUUUACAGAUCUUCAACCAGGGGCAACGUGGGCAGCCCCUCUUCCGGCUGGUGCAAACUUUCCCAGCGCCUGGCUUGGUGAUUUCCAAAAGCCCUUGGCCCCUUCAAUUCCAGAUUAAAGAGACAGUGUGCCAAGCCAACCAGCAGAGAGAGUCUCAGAACUGUGCCUUCCGGGAUAAUGGGGAGGAGCGACAGUGUUCUGGCGCCUUCGUGGUACAUGGGCAAGUGACCCGUGCCCUGCUGGUCAGAUGCGACCAACGGUUCCAGCCAGGGGGCCCCCGGGUGAGGCGUUCUGCUGAGGAACCGACAAGUAGCACGUACGAGAAGGCCAAAGAAAUGUAUGAGAGGGCCAAGUAUGAAAUCAUCGGUAACAUCCUGAGAAACUUCUAG